UUGUCAGAUUGUGUCGUCUCGGCGGCAGGUCGGUGGAGCCGCGGGCGAGCGGCGGCGGGCGCGUUAUCAUAGGGCGGCACAUGGCAGCCGCGCGGGGGCGCCGGGCGCGAUUGUCAGUCCCACUCGGAGCGACGUACCGACCGAUCGCCUCGCGCGCCGCUAACGCUCCAACUCGCGAAUCUAUCCUCUCCGUAUACCAACUGCUCCAACUUUGUGUUGCUUACCUUCGCGCCCGCAAGCUUUUAAAUUGAAAAAUUCAUUGGUCAAUUAAAUCGCGUUGAACCAUGACACUGCGUUGACAUAGUCGUCACAAGUCGUCAUAGUGUGUGAAUGUGGUGUUGGGCGCCCCGGCGAGGACUUAGCGGCGCAUGAGCGCGGGCGCCGCCGCAGCGGAUGUCCACGCCGCUGCCCAAGUGGUGGAUCGUGCAGUUUGGAAUGCCAGCAGCUCUUGACCUAACUAGGUACAAGAGCGGGGUGCGCUCAGUGAGGAGCGGGGCUGGCGGCGGCGCGGAAGAGGCGCGGCGCGGCGGCCUCAAGGCGCUGCCGAAGCGCGCCCGCACCCGCUGCAGGGGCAUGAACAUGGGGCAAAAGCUGUCCGGCGGUGUCAAAUCGGUGUCGCGGGAGUGCUCGGCGCCGUACAAGGCGGUGGUCGCGCGCGAGCUGGCGCCCGAGCCACCGCGCCCGGCGCGCCUCGACGCGCUGCUCGACGCGCCGCCCGCGCAUCCGGAGAUGCAACUCAAACAUGCCUGGAACCCGGGCGAUAGAUCACUAAACAUAUUCGUAAAGGAAGAAGACGCGUUAACGUUUCACCGGCACCCGGUGGCACAGAGCACAGACUGCAUCCGCGGGCGUACGGGUUACUCGCGGGGCCUACACUGCUGGGAGGUGGUGUGGCCGUCGCGCCAGCGCGGCACGCACGCCGUCGUCGGGGUGGCCACGCAGCACGCGCCGCUACACUCCGUCGGAUACCAGAGCCUAGUCGGCGCUACAGACCAGAGCUGGGGAUGGGACCUCGGGAGAAAUAAGGUGUACCACAACGCGAAAGGCACGGGCGGCAGCGGGACGACGUACCCCGCGCUGCUGCGGCCCGACGAGCAGUUCAUGGUGCCGGACCGCGUGCUGGUCGUGCUGGACAUGGACGAGGGCACGCUGGCCUUCUGCGCCGACGGCCGCUACCUCGGCGUGGCGGCGCGCGGCCUGCGCGGCAAGACGCUCUUCCCCAUCGUCUCCGCCGUCUGGGGGCACGCCGAGAUCACCAUGAAGUACAUCGGCGGGCUCGAUCCGGAGCCGCUGCCGCUGAUGGAGCUGUGCCGGCGCGUGAUCCGGCAGCGCGUGGGCCGGCCGCGCCUGCGCGCCGCCGCCGGCCGCCUGGCCCUGCCGCCCGCGCUCACCGCCUACCUGCUCUACCGCGCGCCCUAGUACC